AUGGCCUUCUUCAAUCUCCUUGGCCGCUGCCCUGUGAUGAUACUCCUGGCUGUGUUUUGUGAUGUGAUCGGGCUGAUCAUCCUCUUUCUGGGAAUUUUUGCUCCACUGAGCUCCUGGGACUUCUUCAUUUACUUCGGAGCUUUGCUGCUUGCCUUCAGCCUUCUCUUCUGGAUCUUCUGGUACACAUUCAACAUUGAGGUCCCCUACAGGGAGCUAGGUUUCAACUAA